AUGCAUUGCGGGGCUCCCAGGGCAGUGCAAAGAGGGCCCCCGCUGCGGUGGAAAGUGAAGUCGCUCCGAGGCACUGCUUUCUCCCAGGGGCCACCAGUUGCCCAGAAGGCCAGCAGGAGGCGACAGGGUGGGAGGGGCCGGCCACAUGGUGGGCAGAAAGGAGGGGACCACCCAGGACGCGAUGACCGCGCAAGUGCCGACAACCAGGGGGAGGAGGUGCCCAGCCCUUGCAGCAAGGACUGCACCAUUGGUGUGAGAUCUGAGCCCAUUGCAGAGGAGGCAGAGGGUGAAAAGGUGCCCUCGCCUGGCAAGCUGGAAAAGCCAGGCCUUAUUGACGGGGCUGAGGAAACAAAACCCAGCACUGCCGACCCCGAGCAAGCAAAUCAGUCAGACUCAGAGGGUGCCAUGACGAUACAGUCGGUGCUCACAGUGGAAGCGGGAGGAGUGGCGGGUCUAGAUCCCCAGGGCCCCGACGAACCCCCCCUUCAUGGGCCAUGCAUCACAGAGACUUUGAAAUUUGAGGCAGACACGAACCAAGGUGCUGAAAUCCACAAGAAGGUGUUUUCCACUUUUUUCCCUGUAAAAGACAAGGUGGGACGGGCGGCUCCUACAAGCUCAAAGCCUCCAGAUGCCUCAGUGGCUUCCCCCAAAGCUGCUUCUGAAGAGCUGCAGGUCCACGUGACAUCCGAGCACCUCACUGCACCUCAGAGCACUGAGACAUGGCCUGUUGCAGUAGUUCCAGGACCAAGAGGCGUUGAAGUUCAACCCCACAUUGUGGUUCCUGGGUCACAAAGCAUUGAGACUGUGUCCCACAUGGCGGUUCCAGGCUUGGACGUAUCCAGUCCCGCUUCAGGUUUGAACUCAGCACCAAAGACCACCUUGGGCCUGGAGACCAAAUUCUCCUGCAGCUCAGAAAGCAACCCCUCCUCCUUCGACACAGAGUCAGAGCCUGGGUGCCCGGACCUUGUCCUUGACCCCCGCCCCCCAGGCGCCUCCCCGCUCCCAGAUGGGGGGCGCUGGCAGGAGCAGGAGCGAAGGGAGACAAAGAAGCGCAGCCGGUGUGGGGCCUGCGAGCCGUGUCUUCGAAAGACCAGCUGUGGCGAGUGCAGCUGCUGCCUGAACCGCAAGACUGGCCACCAGAUCUGCAAGCUGAGGAAGUGCGUGGAGCUGAAGAAGAAGCCCUCCACUCCCCUUUCGACUGAGGUGGGGUGCAAGGAUAUUGCCAAACCACGGAAAAAGAAACGAGUUUCCAAGGUUGAGCCAGCAGGAACCCUAGUAAAUGGCACGCAACCGGAGCAGAUGGAGCCUCCCUGCCCAGCGCCCGAGCCGGGUCACGCCUCACAGGCUCAUGCACUGCCACCAGAGCCUGGGCGGCCACAGGGCGACCCGGCCGCGAUCUGGGACCAGAAGGCCGGAGAGGACGAGAGCCUUCGUUUCCACCAGUGUGUCAAGGGCCUCGAGCGUGUGAGACCCCAUGGCGAGGGGCGGACAGGUGGUGCAGGCUCCUCGGCUGAGCCCAAAAGAACUUUCCCCACCUGGCCCAACUCCAGCCUUGCGCUGAAUCCCGCACCCCUGCUGGAUGCGCCUGUCCCCCCAAAGAAGAUCAAGUUGGAAGAGCCAUGGGGGCAAACCGAUGGUGAGCCAAGCCCAGGGUUUUCGGAAGGUGGGGACUAUGAGGAUGCACUGUCCACGUUGGCAGCUGUUGUCUGUUUCUCAAUCUCCGACAGGAAGGGGCUAGAGGAGCGGCUCUGUGGGCCUCUGCGCCCCGGCAAACAAGAGCGCAAUGAAACCGCAGGUCACGACGCUUGCCCAAAAAACGCUGCUAUCAGUUUGACAAGUGAUGACUGUCCCCAUGGAGGAGACCCACAGAGGCUCUCCCUGUCAGGCCUCGAGUCCCUGGUCAAGCAGAGGAACAUCAGUAUUGAGCAGGCCAUUGCCAUCGAGGCCCUGACCCAACUCGCGGUCACCCCAUUGGCAGCCCCCCUACCAGUGGUUGAUCUCAGCCAGAGUCCGGACAACAGGAACUCCCUGAGUUUGGCUUUGGGCACGGACGCACAUCUGCAGGAAAGCAAGUCGGCAUCAGGUUUGUUUUCAAACAAAGUCCCUGUCAUCAGCUCAGCAUCCCACCAGACCUCUGUCAUUCAACCUCCAUUAGACAAGCAGAACAAUUCCGCCCUCGGCCCCCAGAGCCUGCCCACCACAGGCAAACUGUCCCUGCAGGAUCUCUUAGAGGCCACCUCAGAAGCAGACAAGAUGUCUCCCCGCACCAACUAUGAAAAGCACUUCUGUGACCAUGAGAGAGACCCGAAUGUGAAAGGAGAGCAAGCACUUUGGCAGGCAGAGAGGUUAGAUGGCACUUUUGAGGGACGCGCAGAUGUGGCCGGGGCCUUGCCCCUUCACAGGAUCAUGAGGAACAAGGACGAGGAAGAAGUGGCGGCCCAGCUGGCGCAGCUUGCCUUCAUCAUUGAGUCGAGUCACAAGCAGGGCGCCGUCUGGCCACCUCAGCCUCUGGAGAACAGACCUCUCCAGCGAUCACCGGCCCGGAUCACUAAGAACAACUGCCACCCGCUGUUCCACGACUCACAAAAGUCACCCCUGAAGAAGCCCAAAAUGACGCCUCCUAAACCCAGGGUGCCGAAGAAGAAGGCAGGAGUGGUGGUCGAGGGGGAGACCUGGGGGCAUUUGCAGAACAACAGCAGUCCCCACUUCCCAAAAAGGACGCCCAAUGGCAAGGCCCCGCACAAGACGAAGGUCCAGAAGGUGUUGCUGCAGCAGAAAGUGGCAGGACAUCACCGACUGUUCCUUCCGCAGGCCCAGAUGGACCUCAAAAGAUACCUGGCCGAGGCAUACCAGCAGAGGUGUCGGCUUUACCGCCUUGGUGACUCCCGCCAGGACACUGAGAAAGAGCACUUAGAGCGGCAGCCCUCACCGGGGGCUGUGAGUCAGAAUGGCUUCAGCCACGGGAUCCCUGAGCCGAUGGCUGCCCUGGACUCCCACAAACGGUGCCCAGUAUGGAACCUCCAUGGGAGCUCCAUUCCUCGGAAUGGUCACCCAGACCCUCCACGGUGUGACAUGAUCACUCAGGUGCCUCAGCCUGGCAACACGCUACAUCACGGUGCUUCCCCGUGGGCUGGCCCCACAGUGACCAGCACAACCAGCCAAGGCUUGGUCCACGGGCCCACAGCCAGCAAUGGUGACCAAUCACCAGUGGUGGCCAACAGCUUCAUCCAGAGGUCGUCGUCUGCUAUUGGUGAGGGGCUCUUCAAGGUGGAAACAUCCGGCUCUGUGACAGUGUUGUCCACGCAGACCCACAACACUGAGGGAGGGGAGCCAGACUUCCCUGGGGAAUCCACCCCCACCAAAAACACCCUGGACAGCUUCCUGGAGUCCCCUCUGAAGUUCCUGGACACCCCAACCAAGAAUUUGAUGGACACCCCAUCCAAAAAAGGAGUGGAUUUCCCCAACUGUGACUGUGUGGAGCAAAUCAUCGAGAAGGAAGAGGGGCCAUACUAUACCCAUCUAGGAUCUGGCCCGACUGUUGCUGCUGUGAGGGAAAUGAUGGAGGACAGGUAUGGAGAGAAAGGCAAGGCUGUGCGGGUGGAGGUGGUGGUGUACACGGGGAAGGAGGGCCGGAGCUCCCAGGGCUGUCCCAUUGCCAAAUGGGUUAUUCGGCGGAGCAGUGAGGAGGAGAAGCUACUGUGCCUGGUGCGGCAGCGGGCAGGGCACUGCUGCCAGAACGCUGUGGUGGUCAUCCUCAUCCUGGCCUGGGAGGGCAUCCCACGCACCGUCGCCGACAAACUGUACCAGGAGCUGACCCAAACGCUGUGCAAAUACGGCUCGCCCACCAGCCGCCGCUGUGCCCUCAACGAAGACCGAACCUGCGCCUGCCAGGGCCUGGACCCAGAGACCUGUGGCGCCUCCUUCUCCUUCGGCUGCUCCUGGAGCAUGUACUUCAACGGCUGCAAGUUCGCCCGCAGCAAGGUGCCGCGCAAGUUCCGGUUGCUGGGAGACUACCCCCUGGAGGAGGAGAAGCUGGAGAAUAAUCUUCAGAAUCUGGCCACAGAUCUGGCACCUGUAUAUAAGAAGCUGGCUCCAGAGGCAUUUCAGAACCAGGUGGAGCAGGAGCAUGCGGGCCUGGACUGUCGGCUGGGCCUAAAGGAGGGCAAGCCCUUUUCGGGAGUGACAGCCUGCGUGGACUUCUGUGCACACGCCCACAAAGAUACACACAACAUGAAAAAUGGGAGCACCGUGGUAUGCACUUUAACAAAGGAGGACAACCGGGCGGUGCGGAACAUCCCGGCGGAUGAGCAGCUGCAUGUGCUGCCCCUCUACAAGAUCUCCGAGAUGGAUGAGUUCGGUCGCGCUGAGGGCCAGUGGGCCAAGAUGGAGUCUGGAGCCCUCCAGGUGCUGACUUCCUUCCCGCGUGAGGUGCGGCUGCUGGCUGAGCCCGCCAAGUCGGCCCGUCGCAAGAAGCUGGAGGCCAAAAAGGCCAACACCGAGAAGCUGAGCCUCCAGGACAGGAAGCAGGUCACCCCAGUGAAGGCCAAGCCCGAGCCCGGCAGGGGAAUCCUUAAUGGAAACGGCAUCUUUGUUACCCCAGCGAGUUCGAAGAGCACUUCGGCCGAGCAGUCACCAUCAUUCAAAGUGGAGCCUCACAGCUACUACAGCUCAUUCAAAUUGCCCAAGCCAGCGGGCACUGGAAACUAUGUAGUAGAGAAUUACAACCCUGCCCCCCCCUCCAACCUCAACAGCCCAUACCCUCUGUCAGCUGUCACACCUGACCCAGGCAUGGAAGCACUUUCACCACUUCGCCCCAGCGUCCCUCUUUCCCCAUAUGGGUAUCUUAGCCUACAAGGGAACCAGAAUUGUGGUCCUUCCCUUCUCAAAUAUGGCACACCAGCCCCCACCAUUAAUGGUUACUCCCCUGGGCUUGCUGAGCAGAAACUCCUCCUAAACCAGCAGAUGGUAGGCUCGCCGGUGUGUGUGAAGCCCCAGGAGGGACGUGACUACUCCCAUAUCUUCAAAACGGAGGAGGGGGCUGAGGAGUAUCGCAGGUCCACUCUCCUACGGCCGCCAGAUGAAAGCACCCCUGAAACGGUCUCAUCGAAAACCCCUGAAGGCCUCAAAAGCAGGCCCAACGGGUACCACAGAGCCACACUGGGCAAGGAUGACCCCAGUAGCCUCCUGGACCCCCAGCUGCCCCUGCAAGGCCAGGUGCCGGGGGGUGUCGAGGACGAGGAGGUAUGGUCGGACAGCGAGCACAACUUCCUGGACGCUGACAUUGGCGGGGUGGCAGUGGCACCCUCUCAUGGCUCUAUUCUUAUUGAGUGUGCCCGGCGGGAGCUGCAUGCCACAACGCCCAUCAGGAAGCCCAACCGCAGCCACCCGACCCGCAUCUCCCUGGUCUUCUACCAGCACAAGAGCCUCAACGAGUCCGCCCACGGGCUGGCCGUGUGGGAGGCCAAGAUGGCAGAGCGGGCCCGCGAGAGGGAGGAGGAGGCGGAGCGUCUGGGGUUGGGGCUGGCGGCUGGGGGUGGGGCCGAGGCCAGCCCAGGGAAGCUCAAGGGGAGGAAGGCCAAGGGCGGCGGUGCAGGCGGGGACAGGGAGGAGGCAUUCCCUGAGGAGGGCAACCUCCUGCAGGUGCCCACACGCCGAGCCCUUACUAUCACCCGUGAUGGGGUCGUCACCAUGUCCUCAUACGCCCUCACCCAAGUCACCGGUCCUUACAACCGCUGGGUGUGACCCUCCCCCCACCUUCCCCUUUCUCCAGCUGCCUUACCUCAGUCAUCUUUAAACGUAUACAUUUUCUGUUUUUAUACGCCUCGUUUUUAAUGUUUGUCA